GGGAGGGGGAAUGAGGGGGCCUCAUCGCCCUUUGGGGCAGAUUUCAGGAUGUCCCAAACUCACCCGGAGAACCCGAGAGUCUGUCGUCGUGUUUUGGGUAUCAGCCAACCACUGGUUCCGGUCAUCCUUUUUUGGGUUUAAGAACAACGGGCAUCUCUCCAUGUUCUCUCUCCGAACCGUUGAACUUGACUAUUGUCUCUCACCUCCUCAUCCGAAGUGCGCCCCCCACCCCCCCUCCAAACAACGAGCUCCCCUACGAAAUCGCGAUCUGGAAAACCGUGUGCCAUGGCGCCUACAGUCGAGACGCUCAUCAUCGGCGCCGGGCCCAGCGGCCUCUGCGCCGCCAAGACCCUGCUCCAGCGCGACCCGGCCGCCGACGUGCUCGUCGUCGACGGCCGCGCCUCGGUCGGCGGCGUCUGGUCCCGCGAGCAGAUCUACCCGAACCUCAAGACCAACAACCUCGUGACGUCCAUGGACUUUUCCGACUUCCCGAUGGAUUUCAAGCGGUUCGGCCUCGAGAUGAAGCAGCACGUGCUCGGCGCCGUGAUGCACGAGUACCUCGUCGAGUACGCCAAGCACUUUGGCGUGUGGGACAAGAUCCAGCUGAACACAAAGGUCGUGCGCGUCACGCGGCCCGAGGACGGGGGCGAGUGGCGCGUCGACGUCGAGGAGGCCGGCGAGGCGAAGACGAUUGCGUGCGCGCGCCUCGUCGUCGCCACCGGCGUGCUCACCGUUCCCCACGUGCCCGAGAUGCCCGGGUCCGAGGCGUUCGCGGCGCCGAUCGUGCACUCGUCCGACCUGGGGCCGCAGGCGCACCUGUUCGCGUCCCCGGACGUCAAGACGGUGGCGGUGCUGGGCGGGAGCAAGUCGGCGUACGACGCCGUGCACCUCGCGGCCUCGACGGGCCACAAGGUCCGGUGGGUGAUCCGGCGCUCCGGGCGGGGGCCGGUGUGGGUCGCGACGGCGUUCACGCAGCUCGGCCCGUUCAAGGUCUGGCGCGAGCGGCUCGUCACGCGGCGCAUCUGCGCCUUCAUGUCGCCUUGCCUGUUCCCGGACCUGUCGGGCCUCUCGUGGGUGCGGCGGUUCCUGCACGAGAGCGCGGUGGGGAGGGUCGUCAGCCGAACGUUCUGGAAGCUGAUCCGUAACGACACCAUCAACGACUGCGGGUACCAGACGCACGAGAAGACCAAGGUGCUGCAGCCCGAGCAGAAUCAGUUCUGGUACGGUACCGCCUCGGGCAUCCUCAGCUUCGAGGACGACUUCUUCGAGUACGUCCGCAACGGCACGGUGCAGAUCUACCGCGAGGACAUCGACCACCUCUCCGACCACACGAUCCACCUCGGCGACGGCACGACGCUCACCGCCGACCUGCUGGUGGCGUCGACGGGCUUCUCGGCGAAGCCGACCAUCAACUUCGAGCCGGCGUCGCUGCACUCGGACCUCGGCAUCCCGACGACGUCGCUGGGCCCGAAGCAGACGGCGGUCUGGAACGAGGCCAACGCCAGGGCCGACGGCGUCAUCGGGGCGCGCUUCCCGCGGCUUCUGGACGGGCCGUUCCUCGACCCGUCGUCGUCCAAGACGCGGGCGUUCCACCCGGGGGCGUCGGCCGAGGUGGCCUACACGCCGUGGCGGCUGUACCGGGGCAUCGCGCCGCCGGGGCUCGCGGCGCGGGACGACCGGUCGCUCGUGUUCGUCGGGGCGUUCAGCAACCUCGCCAACAUCAUGCGGCUCGAGGUGCAGUGCCUGUGGGCGCUGGCGUACCUGGAGGGCCGGAUCCCGUCGCUCGACGUGGACCGCAGGGCCGGGCGGGUGUUGGACGAGACGGCGCUGCUGCAGCGGUGGGCCCAGUACCGGGCGCCGUACGGGCACGGCCGGUGCUACCCGGACCUGGUGUUCGAUCAGCUGCCGUACUGGGACAUGCUCCUCGGGGACAUCGGCGUGGAGACGCGGCGCAAGGCCGGGGUCUGGGCCGAGCUGUUUGAGAGCUACGCGCCGCCGGACUACCGCGGCAUGGUGGCGGAGUGGAUUGCGCAGAACAGGUAGCGGCUUUGGUGGAGGAGACGGAGAGCGAUGAUGAUACCCUCGUUAUAUCGAUGUCAUGUUCCCACGUUUAAUGAGUCGUUUGUCCAGGCUAUAUGUAUGUAUGCAUGCGUUUAUGAAGAGAACACUGGACUGUGAUGGUGAGAACAGUGGAAGAAUACAGUCAAUACAUAAUGCGCAGCCAUAGGUCUAUAAAUAGCUGAUUCUUCUCAUCGUGUCUUGCUUCUUGCUUAGCAACCAAGUCUUGUACAACCACUCUCCCUCAUCUAGGCAAAAUGACUAUUUAUACAGACUAUUCAUACAGACUAUUCAUACAAACUAUUCAUACAGACUAUUCAUAUAGACUAUUCAUACAGACCAUUCAUACAGACUAUUCAUACAGACUAUUCAUACAGACUAUUCAUAUAGACU